AUGGGCCAGAAGCGACCAAGAUCAGACACAAUGGAGGCCACCGAAGAGAAGCAAUCGCCUUUCCUGCCCAUGUUCGAGACCUUCCGUGCCGAAUUGGACGAACAUCACGACCGCCGAGAACGCACCAUUAAAGCAUCGCGAGAUAUAACCGCUGCAUCAAAGAAGAUGUCCGUCCCUUGA